UUGAAAGUUAAUAUGUACCAUGAAACAGGAACAUACUAGUUUCGUUUGCGAAAGAUUUGUCCAUUUAAGUUUACUUUCUGUUUAGUGACAGAAGUUGUUUUUAGCAGAACCAAAAGGUUGCACCAAACAUAUUAUAGCAUUGGACAGUUAGCAGAUUGCCUCAUACCAUUUUUGACCGGUCAGUGCUCGUAUCUCACAAGGUGUCCUGGGCUCGAUUCCCAGCCUGGGCGUUUGUGAGUUUGGUUGAUGGUCACCAAGCCGGACAAGUCGGUUAUCUCCGGGCAAUCCGGUUUCUUCUACAGCACAAGACCACACUCUCGUACAACAUACUUUCAUUUACAGUGACUAACUAUAGUAAGGCUGUGUGUAUGUCAUCUGCUGUCGGGUGAAUGUGCGAAACUGCCACCUGUCUGUAUGACCUCAGCUAUCUCAUUCAAGUGCUAAACUGCCAGCCGUUUUUAUGAUUUCGAGCAUCCGAAAAAAACAAAAUUGAUUUGGCAGCAUGUCAACACCGAACAAAAUCUGUCGAAAAACGGGAAUUGGAAAAAACAGUAAACCGGCACUCGGAAGGAUGGAUGCAGUUUCCGGACGAAAGGCACAAAUGACAUCUGGAUCGGCGCCUGACCUCACCUACUGUCAGCCAUGCGCGGAGGACGGCAAGAAAAUCCUCCCCGAGGCCUUCUGUCCCGUCUGCAAGGAGUUCCUGUGUUCUAACUGUGCCCGAGUACACCGGAACCAGAAAAUAACCAAAAGUCACGCCCUCGAGGACAUGGACAGUAUGCCUUAUUCAUUCCGCGAAGAGAGUGAAGAUGAAAAGUUUAUAGAAACAUGUCAGCGUCAUGCUCAAGAGUUCAUAAAAUAUUACUGUCCUUAUCAUGAGACACUUCUGUGUGGAGACUGCUUGGCUGAAAAAGCUCAUCGCUCAUGCAAUAUUGAAAGGAUUUCUCAAGUUGCAAAACGGUACAAGGAGGGUGCAGAAUACAACAGCCUGAAAACAGGACUUGUCCAGACGGCCACUGACAUUGGCAAACUGUCACACAAGAUACAGGUGAUUAUGAAAUCAGUUGACGAAGAAAGCCUUACCAAUAUCAAUGAGCUUCGCAAAUUUAGGACUGAAAUUAACCAGUACCUGGAUAAAAGGGAAAACGAACUCUUGGCAGACAUUGAUCAGAAGAAACGAACAUCUAAGACACUGCUAGAUGAACUGAAAUCAAAAUGCACAAACAUGAAAUCAUCCAUUGAGAAACUAAAGUCGGAGCUACAAGCACAGGAUGACAACAGCAACCAGCUAUUAAUAGUAGGGAAGAGAGCUAUAAAAGAGCUGAAAGGUCUUCAGGCAGCCCUGGUAGAGGUGAGCAGGAGGAGUGAAGUUACCCGAUACAAGUUUUACAGGGACCCCGCAACUGAGCAGUUGAUUUCCUCUGAAAAAUCAAUAGGAGGGUUGGACGAGGGCGAAUCAUGGUCAGCAUUAGCGCAGCAACAACGACAACAGCAAACGAAGCAGGAACAACGGCAACAGGAUACGAUGCAACAACAUCAAAAACAGAUGAAAGGUGUUUCACAGAAAGGCGAAUCAAUUUCGGCGGUAGGGCAGCAAGAACGACAACAACAGAAUAAGCAGCAGCCACGGCAACUCGAGACGAUGCAGCAACAACAGAAACACAUGCAAGGUGUAUCACAGAAAGCCCACUUCAGCAGCAGAGCAGACCUAAGCCGGGCCAAGUUCAGCAGGCAGCCUGACAUUUCAGUGAAGACAUCAGAUGGUAGCUGCUGGCUAACCAAUGUGAUCCUCCUGACCGGGGACAGUCUCAUACUGGUAGAUCACAAUAAUUGCUCAUUGAAGCUGGUGGACACCGAGAAUAACAAGCUGGUGUCCAAGGUGAAACUGCCAGGUCAGCCUAGGGACCUGUGUCUCCUGCCCGGGAACAGGGCAGCCGUCACUCUGCCUGGUUUGAAGAAGAUACAGUUCGUAUCCACUCAGGGAAAUGUCACACUACAGGAUGUUGUUAAAGUAGAUGGACACUGUUAUGGAAUAGAUUUCUGUGAUGACAACUUGAUAGUGUCUUUCACCUCCCAAGGUAAGGUUGUGUUGAUGGACAUGAAGGGAAAUGUGAAGAAAAGUGUGGACAAAGACAGCAGUGGAAAACCUUUGUUUCAUAAUCCCUGGUAUCUGACAGUGACCAGGGAGAGCCGAACUCCACCGGUCAUAUAUGUCUCGAACAAGGGCACCAACACCAUAACCAAGCUGAGCAUCUCACUAGAGGUGCUUCAGUCCUACAAAGACCCGAUACUGACAUCACCGUGUGGUCUAACAGCCGUGGGAGACAACCAGCUGCUCGUGUGUGGGUGGAACAGUAACAACAUCCUGUUACUGGACACGCUCACCGACAAGAUAACCCAACUGCUGGGGAAGGAGGAGGGGAUAGAGAGGCCAGUCAGUGUGGCUUACUGUCCACUGAGGAAGAUGUUGUUUGUCACCUGCUGGCAGUUUGGCAAACCUGAAUUGGAUAAUAUCGUAAAAGUGUUCAACUUAAUAUAGAUCAUGUCAGUCAAUUAAUAUGAGUGAAAUCUGUAUCAGGUGUGAAGUAAUUGUAAUGUUUAAGGAUAAUUCUAAUGUAUAAUAUUAUACUGACAAUACGCAUAUACAAUGCUUUAUUUCACAUAUCGCGCGAUUCAAUUACUGUGAGAGUAUUUGACGAAAACUUGACUUUUAAAUUAUUUUGAAUUCUAACAGUUUUCAUUAGUGACAAGGCAUGUAGUAAUGUUAUUAGACAUGAAUAUACGAGUAUGAGAAUGUGUAUUAUCAAUUGAAAUGUUAGUAGCUGAUUGUGUAUGAAAUAUACAAACAAGUUGGUUUUUUACUUGUGAAUGUUUAAUCAAACAUUGUAAUUGUGUAAUCGAAUGAUUCCGAAUAUAGAUUAUAGAGUUAUAGACACGCUGUGUCAUUUUUCAUGCAGCUUGUCUUUAGUAAAUAUGAUGUUUAUAAAUUGUUAAUAUUGAAAUUAAACAUACACGUAAAGGGACGUAUCCUUAUAUAUGUAUAUUGAAUGAAUAAUUAUAUAGACAUUGACCUUAGUGUGAAUUGUUUCCAAAAAGAUGGAUUGAAUUGUUUGAACAGACAUUGACCAUAGUUAAAAUAGUUUCCUCAUAUAUGAAUUGAAUGAUUAAACCGACAUUGACCAAUG